AUUAAAAAAUUCGACGCAGCUUUCACGACUCCAGCGAAUGAGCGAACCUUGUUGGCCCCUCUCCAUCUUCGGCGCGUCAAGCCGACCAUUAGAGGUCUACUUCCCCGAGUCAUACAUGCGGUUGACUCCAUGGCCAAAGCGCCUCAAACCUCUACUCUUAGCCUGUAAAGACAGAGCAUCGGUAACUGAAACCCACGCCCUCAUGAUCUUGACUGGCAUCUUCAGCCGUGGAUCCUUCAAUGCCGGACUAAUAGCAUCAUAUGGUCGUGUUGGAGACAUCGAAUCAGCCCACCAAGUGUUCGAAGUAUCGCCUCAACGAGGGGUGGAUGCUUGGAAUGCCAUCAUGGUUGCGUAUUCUCGCAUGGGUUCCCCCGCAGAUGUUUUGAGUCUUUAUCAUCGAAUGGUUGUGGAAGGAGGUAGAGCGGACAGCUCGACGUUUACUGUUGCGCUCAAGGCGUGUGCGAGCACGCUGGACUUGAAAAUGGGUGAAGAAGUUCGAUGCCGAGCGGUUGAUUGUGGGUACGAGUAUGAUGUGUUUGUUGCAUCGUCUGUUUUGAAUCUGUAUGCGAAAUGUGGGAAGAUGGAUGAGGCGCUGGCUGUGUUUGAUAAAAUGCCGAAGAGGGAUCUUGUCUGCUGGACAACAAUGAUAACGGGUUUUGCACAGAGUGGCCGGGCAAGUGAAGCGGUUGAUAUAUACCGGCGGAUGCAAAAGGAGGAGAUGGAAGGAGAUAUGGUUGUGAUGGUGGGAUUGAUUCAGACUUGUACUAAUCUUGGUGAGUUAAAGGCGGGUCUUUCAAUUCAUGGACAUAUGAUUCGAAAAGGCCUUCCUAUGGACAUUGUAGUUCAAACCAGCCUCGUGGAUAUGUAUGCUAAGAACGGAUAUUUGGAGCUUGCAUCCCUUGUUUUCAAAAAGAUCAGAAAUAAGAAUGUCAUUUCAUGGAGUGCAUUGAUUUCUGGCUUUGCCCAAAAUGGUUUUGCUGGAAAAGCCCUUGAAUUGUUGGUAGGAAUGCAAUGUUCUGGAUUCACCCCGGAUAAGGUGUCCCUUGUGAGUGCUCUUCUAGCAUGUGCUCAAGUUGGCUUUUUGAAAUUGGGUAGAUCAAUACAUGGAUAUAUUGUGAGAAAGCUUGAUUUUGAUCAAAUCUCAGCUACUGCAGUGAUUGACAUGUACGCGAAAUGUGGAAACCUGUCUUGUGCCCGUGCCCUGUUUGAUAUGGUAAGUUAUAGGGAUUCAAUUUCUUGGAAUGCAAUGAUUUCUGGAUAUGGAAUUCAUGGACAUGGAGAGGAAGCUCUCUCUCUCUUCCGCUUAAUGAUAGAGGUAGACUUAAAACCUGAUCAUUCAACUUUCGCUUCUCUUCUUUCCGCUCUUAGUCAUUCGGGUCUAGUGGAUGAAGGUAGAUACUGGUUUAAUCUCAUUCUCAGAGAAAAUAACAUCCAACCAACUGAGAAGCAUUAUUCUUGUAUGGUUGAUCUAUUGGCUCGAGCAGGACAAGUGGAAGAGGCUUAUGAGCUGGUAGAGUCCAUGACAAGUGAACCUGGGAUUGCCAUUUGGGUUGCCCUCCUGUCAGGUUGUUGUAAUCACAAGAAUUUGUUGGUUGGAGAGAAGGUGGCGAAGAAAGUUCUCGAGUUAAAACCAGAUGACUCAGGAAUAUAUGCUCUUGUGUCAAACUUCUUUGCCACGGCAAGGAUGUGGAAGGAAGUAGCUGGGGUGAGGAAUGUAAUGAAAAAGACAGGGUUGAAGAAAGUGCCGGGAUACAGUGCAGUAGAGGCAAAUGGGAAGCUCCAGGCUUUUCUCAUGGAGGAUAAGAGCCAUUAUCAAUUUGAAGAGGUUGUGCAAACCUUGAGGAAUUUGGCUCAUGAGAUGAGAGCUAUGGGUUAUGUCUCAGAAACUGAAUUUGUGCUGCAAGACCUUGAAGCAGAAGUCAAAUAGAAAAUUGUUGUAUAGCCACAGUUGGACGCCUGCUAUUGCUUUUUGAGCUCUUAACCAGGGCCUGGAACCAGACAACUGAACUUCAGAUUGUGCGGGGAUUGCCAUGUGACAAUGAGGCUCUUCUUCAAAAUUGUGAAUGAGAUAUGUGAAGUGUAACUAUUGAGGCACUAUUGCUUUUGAAGCUCUUGGGAAGGGCCUGGAACGGAAUGAGUGAUCACAUAGAAAUUCAGUAUGCAUGAGAAUUCCCAUUUAAAAAGAGGCUCAUCUUCAAAAAUAUGGAUGAGAGAUGCGAAGUGAAUUCUUAACUCCAAGGAUUCAGUGUGCUCUUGCAGUGACAACCCAUAAACAUGGGCAUGCGAGCUUCCAGGGAUUUAGCAAAGCUGUUGCAAGGAAGAAUGACACUCAAUAACCAGUAGAUGAUUUGGAAUGGUAUCGCAUGUUUCAUCUCUAAUCUUGCCCAAUUUUCCAUGUAUAGUAGAAAUUUGUACAAAAUUAAAAUUAUCUGCUUCAGCCGUCUGUGGAUUCAGGCCAUAACCAUACUCUUCAGCUGGAUUUGAGAUAUUUGUCAAAAUGGAAGACGUGACUUGUUCCUCCAAACAGUGGCAGCAUGCCUCUGGAAGUCAGUCAAGUCUAGUAAGAAUUGCUGCUGAAUGGGGCAGGGAGAUUUUCAAGUGCUGCCAUGUUCUGGCAUGAUACUCACCUGGGGGAGAAGGCCUCUCCCUCACUGGCUGCGUGUGGACUAGGGCUUUGGAAUUUCUGGGGCGUUAGCCUGUUUGUACCGUUUGGUAUGCUCUCUCUCAUUUUUAAUGGUCCGAGUGGGUUUCAUUUCCCUGAGCCUACCUAGGAGAUUGGGUAUUGAAUGAAAAAGGAGCUUUAGUGAGGCUCGCCCUCACUGGCUGCUUGUGGACUAAGGCUUUAAAAAUGGUGUGUCAUUAAACACGCAUUCCCUCAGAAAUGAACCAAACAUUUCUCUUUUUUAUCA